CCUCUCUGCCACCGACAGCGAUCAAAUAUUCUGUCGGGGGGGAAGCAGACGCGUGCCAAGGCGAGGGUAGAAAAAACGUCGGAACCGAGGCGCACGGAUAAUGGAGCGUGCCGCGAACCAGCUGCGCACGAACAGGGAAAAUUCUUACCUUGAUAACGCGGCGUAAAUUGCAGAUUUGGGCAUGCGUCUACGUUCAACACGUUGUUUUAGCGGCCAGACUAGAAGAAGAAGACACUGCACCAUCACUACGUCUAUAGAUCAAUAGGACGAUGACCCUUGACCUCUUCCCCAUGCUCCCUCUUCCCACUCCAGCCCUCUCCUGAGCCCUCCCUGCCCCCUGCCCCUGUUGCCGCGGUGAUGCGCAGGUUCGUGUACUGUAAGGUGGUACUGACCACGUCUCUGGUGUGGGUGCUGGUGGACGUCUUCCUGCUGCUCUACUUCAGCGAGUGCAACAAAUGUGACGAGAGGAAGGACCGCUCCCUGCUGCCCGCGCUCAGGGCUGUGAUCUCCAGGAGCCACGAGGGUCCGGGCGAGAUGGGCAAAGCCGUCAACAUCCCCAAAGACGAGCACGAGAAGAUGAAGGACCUGUUCAAAAUAAACCAGUUUAACCUGAUGGCCAGUGACAUGAUCGCUCUCAACAGGAGUCUCCCAGACGUCAGGCUGGAUGGGUGUAAGACGAAGCUGUACCCGGACGACCUGCCCACCACCAGCAUAGUGAUCGUGUUUCAUAACGAGGCCUGGAGCACGUUACUGCGCACGGUGCACAGUGUGAUCAACCGCUCCCCCAGACACCUGCUGAUGGAGAUCAUCCUGGUGGACGACGCCAGUGAGCGAGACUUUUUGAAGCAGAAGCUGGAGGCGUAUGUGCGUGGUCUGGAGGUGCCGGUGAAGGUGUUGAGGAUGGAGCAGAGGUCAGGUCUGAUCCGAGCUCGUCUCAGGGGAGCUGCUGCCACCAAAGCUCAGGUCAUCACCUUCCUGGACGCUCACUGUGAGUGCACCGUGGGCUGGUUGGAGCCCCUGCUGGCUCGCAUCAGAGAGAACAGGAGUGCCGUGGUGUGCCCCAUCAUCGACGUGAUCAGUGAUGAGACCUUCGAGUACAUGGCCGGCUCUGACAUGACGUACGGGGGAUUCAACUGGAAGCUAAAUUUCCGCUGGUACCCUGUGCCCCAGAGAGAGAUGGACCGGAGAAUGGGCGACCGAACUCUGCCUGUCAGGACUCCCACCAUGGCAGGAGGAUUGUUCUCGAUAGACAAGUCAUACUUCGAGGAAAUUGGCAGCUACGAUCCGGGCAUGGACAUCUGGGGCGGAGAGAACCUGGAGAUGUCCUUCAGGAUCUGGCAGUGCGGGGGCUCUCUGGAGAUCGUCACCUGCUCUCACGUCGGCCAUGUUUUCCGCAAAGCCACUCCGUACAGUUUCCCCGGAGGCACUGGGCAAGUCAUCAACAAGAACAACAGACGCCUGGCCGAAGUCUGGAUGGAUGAGUUCAAAGACUUCUUCUACAUUAUAUCUCCAGGCGUGAUGCGGGUGGACUACGGAGACGUCUCUUCACGUAAAGCCCUCCGUGAAGCUCUGAAGUGCCGACCGUUUUCCUGGUACCUGGAAAACAUCUACCCCGACUCACAGAUACCCAGAAGAUACUACUCCCUGGGCGAAAUCAGAAACGUGGAGACCAACCAGUGUGUGGACAACAUGGGGAGGAAGGAGAACGAGAAGGUGGGCUUCUUCAACUGCCACGGCAUGGGCGGCAAUCAGGUGUUCUCGUACACGGCGGAUAAGGAGAUCCGCACAGACGACCUGUGCCUGGACGUGUCUCGCCUCAAUGGGCCCGUGGUCAUGCUCAAGUGUCACCACAUGAAGGGCAACCAGAUGUUUGAAUACGACGCAGAGCGUCUGACCCUGCUCCACGUCAACAGCAACCAGUGCUUGGACAUGCCGUCGGAGGAGGACAAGAUGGUGCCCACGCUGAGAGACUGUAACGGCAGCCGCUCCCAACAGUGGCUCCUGCGCAACAUGACCCUCAGCGCGUGACCUUUCGACCUUCGACCUCGGCGCGACACGAACAAAACAAAAAAAAAAACCGAACAGAAACGCCGUCAUCUCCUUAGCAGGUGGCUCUUACCUCAUUCGCAGCGGGGCACGAAACGGCGGAGGAGCAAGCUGCGCCCGCCUGAUCCGCGUCGUUAGCUUAGCGCGAGGUGUUGACUCGGCCUGGACCGUGUGCGAGGUGGGUGUGCGCCGGGCUGAUAUGAAACACUGGCGCGGGGAGCUGCUGUCAUCUUCGCUGCUUUUGUUGCCACGGGACAAACAACGAAGCAGGAGAGCUAUCCAGACAAUGUGCACUGUAAUUUGUCCAUAUCUGGUGAGGCCAUAUAAUGUAAAGACUGUUUUUGAAGCUGCUUUUCUCUCCUUGUUACCAUCAGCAUCACAUUAUAGCAUUUUAUCAUUUUUAUCAAGGGAACGUGAAAGGGAUAAAUGAAAAGACUGAUACAUUUUUGCAAUAUUACGAUAAAUUAUAAAAUACCUUGAAUGCCCCCGUAAUAUCAGUAAGAGGAUAUAACCUUAUUAAAUUCGUGACGUCUGUUAUAAUGCUUGUAAAUGCAAAGUAUUGCCUUUAAUACACAAUUUACAUGGCAGCAAAUCUAAGUCUACGUUCAGACUGCAGCCUGAAGAGACCCAAAUCUGAUUUUUUUUGCCCCUAUGCGACUUGUAUCUGAUCUUUUAAUGACAGUCUGAACGACUCUGAUAAGAUUUUUUUCAAAUGUGACCCAGGCCACUUGGAUAUGUGCUCCUAAAACCGAUACAUAUCCGAUCUUUUGACAUGCGACUUCAGUCUGAACGGUCAGGUCGCAUUCAUCCCACCUACACGUCAUCAAUAAGUGAGAAACGUCACUAUUCUGCGCUGAAGUAGGUGCGCGCAAAUCAUAGAACUCGAAUUAGUGAAGCACAGCGCAAUCCCUCCACUCUUGACUGCGACUCUGCACCUACACGUUCCUUUCUACGGACACUGCUGCCCCUGCCCCACUAAACGCCAUGGCACAAAACCUUGUCCUUCUCCUCACUUUCCUCCUUAAAACAAUUAAGCUGUACAUGUUCUGGCUCCAGUACGACAGCAACUUUAAAAUCUCCAAGUGCUCAAUGCUCAAGUCCAUGUUUAGGCGACUUCUGUAAACACUGAGCACGCUCGCAGCCUGUGAUGUUGUGUCGUCCAAUGCACAUGCGGGACAUUUUGGGGCGUUUAAAGUUCACACUGGAGAUCACAUACAAGUUGCAUUUUAUUGGAAAAUGUGAACGACCUCGCAAAUAAAUCUGAAUUGAGCAUUAAGCCCUGCAGCCUGAACGGUCAUCUUAGUGCAUAUCGGCUCCAGUCAAAUGAAGCUCACGAGGCAGUUAUAGGAGCGAAUUUGUAGCUGAGUUCCAAAUAUUAGGAGUAAGACUUUAUUUACAGACAAAAUAGUGAAAUAAAAACACCAGGAUCAUGUAGAGUGGGUUAAUACGAACAUUUUAAGACCAAAACAAAAUGAUGAGGCAGUGACACUUUUUCAAUGUAAACUCAACUGAAGCUGAUGGAGCCAGAAGCGCAAUGUCCAUUCAUAUAUACAGUAGAUGGAUGGCAUCACUUCUUUCCUGUGCACUGAUCAAUCACACACGAGUCGUCGUAUUUAUGUAUGAAAGAUUCGUAGUAAACAUUUAGGCAAAGGAAAAGCUCUGGGACAUAAGAUGCGCUGUGUAACCUGCUCGUCUCUGUGGCGAUGUUAACAGUUUACCAGAAAAUGUGCGCUUUCCACGUUCUUACUGUGCCUCUCCACAGAUCUGACCCGUAACUUGGCCUGGUGGCACCACAGGCUUUGAGAAGUUUAAUGCCAUACUGUGAAACUUUUUAGGCAAAGCACAACAUACCUAUUGAGACAAGCAGCUAAAACGACACAGUGCCCCAUUAACAUUAUUAGAUAUUAGAACAGUAAGAAGGAAGGGUGGUAAAUGUAAUGUAAUGGAAAAUCUACUUUGAAGUUAUCAAGUAAUGUUUGACUAGUUUUUUCUGAUGAGGAAUGCUGAUUGCCACUUAUUUAAAGUCAAUUCACCAUAACUGACUUUAAACAUGACUUCUCUAAUCUGAUAAAUGGGCUAAAUAAUUCGAGGCUGUCAGUUUUAAUAAUCACUCAUAUUGUUCAAAGGUUUUCCAGCUGCCGCACGUUAUGAAGUCUGCAUUUUAUAGCAUUCAAACAGGUGUAUACGAAUAAGGAAUACAAAUAAAAAUGCAUUCAAGGUGUGAAAUCUGAAUGGUUUACGACUAAAGGCCCCAUGUUAUGCUGUUUUCUGAUCUAUAUAUAUAUGUUUAUAAUGUAGUUUCCUCAUCACAAACACACUUGGAGUUGUGUUUUGUUUCAUUCACACACAAAACCUGCAUAUGUAGGCGGUGUUCUUCUCUCAUGUGGUAAUACAGGAAGUGCUCCACUGCGUUUUUAAACUCCAUACACCUUCACAAGAAUCAUUUGGAUAAUUUCAGACCUGUAAUUGCCAAUCUCUACUGCACGAAAAGUAAAAAGUAGCUGUUCACUUGAAAUCUACUACUUCAUGACAUCACAAGGAGGAACAGAGCAUUUUGAGCUUUGAAUAAUAAUAAAGGAUUACUUAAACGUGUGAAUGAAACAAAACACGACUCCGGUUAUGUUUUUGAUGAGGUAAUAAGAUGUUAACAUGAUUUAAAGCUCACAAGAGUCAAUUUUAUGCGUACCUUUAGCUGUGUACUACUGCACUGCUGAAAAUUUGGUACAUAAAUAAAAUAAUAAUGAAUGUAAAACAUGUAAGGCAGCUCCGACCUACUUCUUUUGUUUUUUUCCUGACUUAAAAAAUAGAUUAAAAUGAAUGUAAACAAUGUCCACGCACUGAAAAUUAAAAGGAGACUCUUAAGUACCACACAGAACAUCUUUAACAUUGUGACAUUAUCAUACCAGGGACGAAUAGGUGCUUGUGCCUUUAGAAAAUUGUACAUGUUUUGUUGUGUUAGAAUAAUCAAGUUAUUCUGCUGUUUGGAAAUCAUGUUUGGCGAGAUAAUUUUGUGAGUGAGCAUAUCUGGCAUUACUGGAGAAGAUGUUAUGUGUUAUUUUUAUUCAAAUGUGAGCAAAUUAUAGGAAAAAACUAAAGUGUAUUUUGUUUCGUCCAAUCAGAGCGCUCCAAUAGCCAUAUAUUAGACUAGCUUUGUCACUAGAUUCAGUUCUAUGCAUUUGCUUGGGGAAUAUGAACCAUUGCUCUUCAUGCUUCUACCUCGGAACAAUACUUGACCAGAAAUCAGAGCAGUGAUUAUUUAAAAAAAGUGAACUUUAUAAAUUGACAAUUGAUUUUUAAAUGUACAAAUUAUAGAAUAUAUGAAAAUCGGUUGCCUAUGUGUAACUUGCUUCUCCUUUAAUGCCUGGCCCUACAUGACCAUGAGCUGGUGAGUACUUUUGUUUGAAUCAUAAACAUCAUGUAUUGUAUGUUACUUUUAUGUAUUUGUAUGUAGAAGUGGCAUUGCUUUCUACAAUGUAUAGAGAUGUUAUAAUCCUUUGUCACACAAUACAGAACGCAAUUAAAUGUAGAAGAAGUGUAA